CAAAAGUACAACAAAUGAAAGAAAACAAUAUUUUGAGGGGGAACACAAUUAUGAGACCUGGGUCUCACCCGGACAGGCUUCGCGGUUGCGCAGGAAAUUGGUGAGGGAAUGAACACGAGGACGGACCGGAUGGUGGUGGGGGGGGGGGCGGAAUCUGGAUUCAGGGAGGUGGACCGACAUCGUGCGGAGGGGCGGGGCGGAGUAGGAGGCGCUCUUAUUGUAGUGGUCACUGCGGACCAAUGGGCGCGCAGGAGGACGGUGAUCGGCAUACAGUGCACCAAUGGACGCGCAGGAGGACGGUGAUCGGCAUACAGUGCGCCAAUGGGCGCGCAGGAGUACGGUGAUCGGCAUACAGUGCGCCAAUGGGGUAUUGAACAAGGCCGGGGACAAUCAAGCGUCACUUUUGAUGGUGAAGGCACGUUUGGACACAUUGUGAGGCGAACCGGCGGAGAAGAGACAAGGAAGCUGCUGUGUGGUCCGAUGUAUUGUUCCCCAAGGAUUCUCGGGUCUGCUUUCCAUGUGAAGAGACUGAGCUGCCAACUGCUGCCCAUGGACACUGUGAGGACAGACAGUAACUCCUGUGAGGAACAGACCAAUCCUAUCGUCACCGCUGGCAUUAUCAUCAUCGGUGAUGAGAUCUUAAAGGGCCAGACCCAGGACACCAACUCGUUCUUCAUGUGCCGGACCCUGCGCUCGCUGGGGGUGCGGGUGGCCAAGGUGUCGGUGGUCGGGGACGAGGUGGGCGCCAUCGCGCAGGAGGUGUCCGCCUUCUCGGCCCGCUACCGCCACGUGCUGACCGCGGGCGCAGUUAAUGUGGCGGUGGUUGUUGUUGUUAAUUUCCCUGUUUCUCUGCCCCCUCAGGGCCAGACCCAGGACACCAACUCGUUCUUCAUGUGCCGGACCCUGCGCUCGCUGGGGGUGCGGGUGGCCAAGGUGUCGGUGGUCGGGGACGAGGUGGGCGCCAUCGCGCAGGAGGUGUCCGCCUUCUCGGCCCGCUACCGCCACGUGCUGACCGCGGGCGGGGUGGGCCCGACCCACGACGACCGGACCUGCGAGGGGGUGGCGCGGGCCUUCGGCGAGGGGCUGCGCGCGCACCCGGAGCUGGCGGCGCUGGCGGGCGGCUGGGCCGGCGCCGGGAAGCUGGCGCGGGUGCCGGCCUCGGCCCGGCUCCACUACGGCCCGGGCGGCGGGGGGCGGCUCCCCUACCCGGUGGUCAGCGUCCGCAACGUCUACCUCUUCCCCGGCGUCCCCGCGCUGCUGCGGCGGGCGCUGCAGGCGCUGGCCCACCUCUUCCGCAACGCGGCGGUGCGCUACUCCACCGCCGAGGUGUUGGUCGACGCCGACGAGGCGGACAUCGCGCCGGCGCUCGAGCGGGCCCAACGGCUGUUCGCGGGCCCGGGCUGCCCCGCCCCCCGCGUCAGCGUCGGCUCCUACCCCGAUUGGACCAGCAACUACUUCCGGGUCAAGGUCACGCUCGACGCCGAGAGCGAGGAGGCGGUGCGCGAGGCCAAGGCCGUGCUGCUCCAGACGCUGCCCCCGGGCUCGGUGGUCGCCCCGGAGACGGAGCCGCAGGCGGUGUCGGCGCGAGAGGUCUACGCGCUUGCGCGGUCAGGUACGUCACCGGCCCGGCGGUUUGAAUACUCCCUGUAG